AUGGAGGAAUUUGCGACUUUGGAUGCUUCCGUGGGCUACUGCUUCAAGCUCAUGAUUGAGGGGGAGUAUGAUUGGCCGUACUAUUCAGAGGAGAACUACUUCACCACUAUGUUCUGGAUGUGGACUUUCAUGGUUCUGCUGAACGUGGUCAUGUUAAACCUUGUCUUGGCCAUCAUUUUGGAUGUCUAUGGAUCCAUCCGGAGGGAGACUGGCAAGAGUGAGACAGCGUGGCUCACCCUUUGGCGAAUGUUCAUGCAGUUGUGGUACCGACGAGUCUGGGUAAAGAGUGCACAGCUUUUGGAGGCUUUGCAAGAACUACCCGAUGAGGUUCGUCGAGAAGAUCUGCUAGAAAAAUUCCCCUCGAUGUGCAACGAGCAGCUCAAGGUCUUGUUCCAGGAGUGCCACUUCCAGGUGCAAAUGGACGACCAAGCAGCUGCGGAGAGCAAGCGGUGCAUGAAGAUGGCCUUGUCCUGUAAGCUGGCACUAGACCAGGUGACAGAGACGGUCAAAGCUCUGCACAGCGGGACCAUUGUGACCGGUGGACAGGAUGGCCAAGCCUCCAACUGGGUCCAGAAGAUUUCGGAUGAAAUGGCAGAGCAGAACCAUUACAUGUCGACGCUGCGACAAAGACUGGAAACAGUUCAGAAGCAGUGGCAGGCAAUCAAGCAGAAAGA